AUGGAAUGUGAGAAACAAAGCCCUGUCAAAAAACCUAUUCGUAAAACCAGUAUACCGGUGAACCAUGAUGGGGCAGUUGUGGGAUUAGCUAGAAGAUCAACAUUAUUUCCUUUCACAACACCUCUACCAGGGAUUUCAACGGCUGCCCUACAGCUGGAACAGCUAAUAGGAAGGAAUAAGAAAUGGACAACAGCUGGAUGGAAACUAAGUUCUGAAUCUGGUUUAGUAUUUCGUACACAGUUAAAAGAUAAAGAAUACGUUUACUUAAAUGCAGCGGAGUUUGGUGAAGUUGAAGUUGUUCGAGACUUACUGGAAGAUAUGAAGCUUGAUGUAAACUGUGUAGACUAUAUGGGACGUAAUGCUUUGCUUUUGGCGAUGAAAAACGAAAACAUUGAUUUGGUAGAAUUAUUAGUCAACCGGUUAGAUUUUUACGCUGUUGAAGAUGCUUUGUUGAAUGCUAUCAGUCAACAGAAAAAUCAUUUAGUGAAACUAAUCGUUGAUCAUCCACAGUAUAUCAGAAUGGAAAAGCAAAGUAAAAGCAAAGUGUCUGGGCCAACUGGUAGUACUAAUAAUCGUGGGAAAAGGUCACAGUUCUCUUCGGAUAUUUCACCUUUAAUGCUUGCAGCCCAUAUUAACAACCAUGAAAUUAUUCAACUGCUGCUAGACAGGGAUUGA